AUGUUGUUGGACCUGAUUGGAGAAUACUCACCUGAGCGACCGUGGCAAGCACUGUUCGACAGUGUAGCACAUCCCUUCUACGAUCAUCGCACUCUAGACCCGGUGCUCAAAGGGUUCCAGUUUGCCAGACGGAUCCGCCCAUGCGAGAAGAACGCCCACGGGAUGGGCUUAAGUCCGACGCCGAGAGAUCCGCUCCCAAAAACCAAAAAAGGACACCUGGGGAAGAUCCCGGCACGCUGGCCAUCCGGCAGUGCAGCCACAGUGACAGGCCCUCGAGCCCUCGAGGAACGACUCGGGGAGACCCGAAUCAACAAAAGGAGAACUGAUUUUCAGGCUCUUGUCAUCGGCAUUUCCCGCCGAGAUCGACCGUUUCUGGAGAACGCCUAG